GCGGCUCCAUCUGUUGUUCCCGGCUGCGCUCGCUUCCAAUGGACUACGAGACGAGAGUCUUCCCUCACACCGGCGGCUAUGGACGCUACAACCGAAUCGUGGUGGUCUUCAGCUGGUUCCCUACAUUCGCCGUCAUGCUCAAUCUGUUCAGCGACAUUUUUUACACCACCAUCCCGGAUUCGUACCACUGCAAGCCGGACCCGGAGCUUCUCCCGUCCGCCUUCCUCCUCAGUAACUUCAGCCGGCAGGCGUAUCUAAACCUCACCAUCCCCUGGGUGAACGGCUCCGGACUGAGCCACUGCGAACUUUACAAGUACCCGCGGAAUAUUUCCGACCUCACCCCCGACGUCCCCAGGCAGAUAGUGGGGUGCACCAGGGGCUGGGAGUUCGCCAGACCCGCCGGUCUCCAGAGCAACUUCGUCACCGAGUGGAGUCUGGUUUGUGGUGAUUACUGGAAAAUCCCCCUUCAACACAUCUGCUUCAUGACCGGAUGGAUUGUGGGAUACAUCUUUUUUGGCAUGCUGUGCGACUGGUUGGGUCGACGGCGAUGCUUCCUCCUCUCCAUCAGUCUGUCCAGUCUGCUGGGUGCUGCUGUGUGUCUGUCUAGCAGCUCGGUGGUGUUCCUGCUCUUGCGACUGGCUCAUGGCGCUGCCCUGGCUGGAGUCUUAGUAGCUACCUAUGUCGCGCGGCUGGAGCUGUGCGACCCUCCCCACCGGCUCAUGGUCACGAUGGUCAGCGGAUUCUUCGGGGUGUUUGCAGAGCUGCUGUUACCGGGCUUUGCUGUUCUGUGUCGUGAUUGGCCCGUUCUCCAGGCCGUGUUGACUCUGCCGCUGGUGCUUCUGCUUUCUUACUGGUGCUGCGCCUCGGUGUUUCCCGAAUCUCCUCGCUGGCAGAUGUCCACAGCCCAGAUCCCUCAAGUCAAAAAGAGCCUGCAGGAAUUCUCCACCAGGAAUGGCGUGUGCCUGCGUGAUGAAAUCUACCCGGGAGAGUCUCUGCUGACGGAGAUCGACUCUGCGUAUGGUGAGGAGAGUCAGCCCAGAUACUACUCCAUUUUGGAGCUUCGUCGGACCCGUGUCAUCUGGAAGAACUGUCUGAUUCUGAGCCUCACGCUGUUCAUUGGGACAGGGAUCCAGUACUGUUUCACCAGAAACCUACACAUUUACUCCAAGAACUUCUACUUCAGCUACUUCAUCAGGACAGUCACUGGAGCCUUGGCCUGCAUCUUCAUUUGCAUCUCCGUCAAUCACUUUGGUCGGCGAGGGAUGCUCUUGCUCUUCGCCAUCAUCACUGGCUUGUCGUCGCUGCUGCUGCUGGCUCUCACGCCGUACCUGCGUGGUGGUCUGGUGUUGGUCUUCUCUGUGGUCGGCCUGCUCUUCUCGCAGGCCCUCGCCAUGCUCAGUGUGCUGUUUGCUGGGGAGGUGAUGCCCACUGUCGUGAGAGGGGGCUGCCUGGGUCUGGUUCUGGCUGCCGGUUGCGUGGGCAUGGCGGCCUCCUCCGUGAUGGAGCUCCAGAACAACGGCGGUUACUUCCUGCAUCAUGUGAUCUUCGCCUCCUUCGCCGUCCUCUCCGUGCUCUGCAUCAUGCUGCUGCCAGAAAGCAAACGCAAGCCACUGCCAGACACGCUGAAGGAAGGAGAGAGCCAGCGACGGCCGCCUCUCUUUCUCUCUCCCCCCAACAGAGACAACCUGCCGCUGCUGCACACGCGGCAGCCGCUGUCAGAGUACAACCCUGACAACUACUCGCGUCUGGUCUCAGCCACCAGGAGGAUGCUGGGCAGAGAUAAUUUGCCCUACAGGAUCGCUGUUCCGGCUCAGCCUCCGCUGCUGUCGGAGAGUGAGACCCAGGGAGCCGAGGAGACUCUGAGAGAUGUUGCUUCCUGAAUGGCCCUCAGUUUCAUAGACUUGGAUUAUCCUUUGUGACAUACCUCUGACAGACUCCAGACACUUCAGCCACUUCCUCUGAACAGCUGCUCGUGUUACACUCUCAGGUUAUAUUGGACGUUUGCGCCUAUCACUUCAAAAAUGGCCCUCUGCUUUUGUUCAUGCAGGAAACAAUCAGAGCUUUUUCUUUGUGAAACAUUUCUGCAACGUGUUAAACUGUGUGUCCCGUGUUUCCCAGCGGAGCUUGUGUGGCGGUGACCUUGGUUGACCCCUGCCGCCAGAUCCGUUUACAAGACAUGCGUCGGUGGUGUUGGCUCCAAAAGUGGAAAAGUAAAAAUCCCAAACGUCUUAGGACCUCAUUUGAUCUCGUCUUAUUGGAUUACAGAGACAUUUCAGCUUUCUAUUGAAUCUAAAGUACUGUACUUCAGAAAUCCAAACGGUGGAGCAAGUACUUCUAAAUGCCCAGAAGAGGGAGCCAAACAGCAAAUCAGCCAAAGAAAUUUUUGUACUUUUUGUCUUUGUAGAUGGCGCUGUUGCUCGGAGAGUUGGUCCAAAUAAAACAUCAGAAAAACCUGAA